AUGACUCCCAGAGACUCACUCUCCCCCGACCUGUCUGUGGCCGAUAGAUUGGACGAUGAGAUUGCAAAGUUGCGAGCGCAAGUGGAGUCCCUGAAGGAUGAGUUGAAGCUCCAGACCACAACGAUACUGGCGUCAGACUCAACCCGCAGCAUCCUUCAGCACCAAGAAGAGGACGACUUUGGGAUCGAUGCGGCGACCAAGUCAAGCCUGCUGGCGCAGUCCGACAAGCAAGCUGCCCAUCUCCAGCAGUCCCUCUAUCGAACUUGCGCAUCGGUGACCACGCUCAAGAUUCGUGAUCCUGACCCACAUGCUGUUGACGAAGGCAAUGUUCUGGGUUUGCGAUUCGAGGUCAUGUCCAGGUCCAGAUUCAUCAGGCCCUAUUAUGUCAUGCUGAAUCGGCCGUAUCCAAACUCCCGUCAUUUGCGAGUUCAUCGUCAUACUUUGCCUCCAUGUAUUCCUCUAGCUGGUCUUGCAGCUCGCUUUCUACCUGCACCGAAGUCUGAUGAGAGCGAGAGCGACGCCAAGCAACAAGACCUCUCCCAUUUUGCACGAACGCUGAGGAGAGAGCUCGUGAGAUACCAGAAUCGCAUUACAAGCAUUAGCGAUUUGAGGAAAGCGGUGGGCCUGGGAAGCCACAAGGGAAAGAUCAAGGAGACGGGUACUGUCAUCACAGAUAUCAGCGCCGUGGAUGCGGAAGCUAAGCAGAUCAGGUUGGAAUGGGAAGACGGCCGCACAGGCCGGUUGGUCAUGGAUGACGACGGGAAAAUACUCAAGAUGGUCGCUCAGAAUGGGAAUGAGCGCGAUCGUGAUGGUGUUCGUGAGCUCCUAGGUGGCAUUAGUAAUAUCGAGGAGCUUAUCCGCCGCCGCGAUCCCGUCCAUGACACGGCGUAG